AUGCACCCGGUCUCCGUCCUCACCUUCGGCAUCUUCCUUGCUGGUUACAUCACUGCUCGGUGGGACCUCGUCACUCGACUUUAUGAGCUGGCUAUUUUCGCUUGGGAUCACGGAGUCAUUACUCGCGCCGCCAAAGGCUUCGCUAUUCUUUCCAUUCUCUUCUUGAUUAUCCUCGUUCCCAUUGAGCGCAUUGCCGCCCGUGAGGCAGCGCUACAUCCACGGGAGCCGGCCGCAGGUAUUUCAGCGCGCGAACAGCUUCGUCGCCAUGACAUCCCUGGUGUGGUAAUAGGAUGGCGGAAUGGCGAGUUCGAUGUUCUUGUGGUGGGAAUACUGCAAGGAGUCGACGUACGCAACGUUGAACAUGCGCUGCGUAUGCGAUCACUCUUUCGCGGCAGCCGUCACCCCAUCGACAAUAUACUCAAUCGCUGUGGCGGGCAGUCUAUUCAAGUGCUGGGAACCUUGAACGCGACAGAAGCCGUCAAAUCCUUCGACCCGAAGCUCCUCUCCUUACGACUGAUCGGACGUAGCAAUGUCCCGCGUAUCGAGUGCUCCGCACAAUUCGCUAUCAAUAUUCAAAUCAUUACAUUCGACAGACCCAAUCCGAAGCGCAUGGAAUACCUGUCACUUAAACCAAUCUCCCUCGCUCUUGGUGACAAGCGUGGUGCGUUUGGUAGCGUCGCUCCCUUCGACCAGAUUGACAAAGACGAGGAGGUCGAGAGAAAGAGGAAAGAGAAGCUGGUAGAGAAGCUGAAACAACAUACUGUUUUACAGCAUUCUCACACACCAAAGGAGUUGGCGCUGCCGAAGAUCAUUGAGCAAAUCAAUUGCUCCGCUGAGAUCAAUGCGUUGAUGCAACAAAACAUUGGCCUGGUCGGUGUGCGGGCAAAGAGAAGUCUAAGUGUCAGCGAGCGAGUGGUGAAUACCGCUACGAACCUGUGGGAUCUGAUCUGGAUCUGGGUGAAACAAGUAUUCGUCCAUCACAUCUGGCCCUUUGCUUCGCAAGUAUUUAUUCGAUGGAUCAUGGUCUUGCGAAUUAUAGCCGAAGGAAUUCUCACCGUCCUAGACUGGCGGCCGUUUGGUCAUGCUGCCUUGAAAGAUCUUUCUGCUACAGCGCAACAAGUCGAUAUCCGCUUACAGCAAUUCUGCUAUUGGCCGCCACAAUACCUCACCUUGCUCCGGCGGCGAAAUGAUUGGGAGAGUAUCACCAACAGUCAUCCCGAAUACAUUCGCUUCUUCAACAGUCUAUGGCUCGUGGCGAACGACAUCAUCAUCGGAAUCGCCCUCGGAGCGUACAUUCUGGAGAACGUCGACUUUGUCGCCGCCGCGGUAGAUCGAAAUAUCACUACAUACGCGAUUGAGGGUCUGCAGCGUAUGCUUGCCUGGCUAAUGGACUACCCAGCUGGCCUCAAACUAAACAAUGAACUUGCAACAUUCCUUGGCGAUCUCUUUCUGUGGGUAAUCGACUACUGGAGUAGCUGCAUGUUGCAACUUCGCCCUGCCUUGCCGGUCAUCAUCCGCCUUAUUGGAAUAUCAAGCUUUGCCGGCGCCAGUCUGCCCAUAAGUCUUUUCUCCGACUUACUCUCGCUAUUGACGGUCCACAUUUACUGCUUCUACAUGGCAUCAGCGCGGAUCUACAACUGGCAAUUGACCAUCAUCAUUUCGCUUUUCCACUUGUUUCGUGGCAAGAAACGAAACAUCCUCCGGAACCGCAUUGACAGCUGUGACUAUGACCUCGAUCAAUUACUUCUCGGCACCAUCCUCUUCACCCUUCUUUUCUUUCUCUUGCCUACCGUUGCUGUCUUUUACGCAACUUUCGCUGGCGCACGAAUGACGAUCAUCGCUCUCAAGGCCGCACUUGACACCUGGCUGGCGUGUCUCAACCACUUCCCGCUUUUCGCAUUAAUGCUUCGCAUUAAGGAUUCUCGGAGACUUCCGGGAGGCAUACGAUUUGAGCUGCAAGAAUCUCCUGCGACCACCACCACAUCCAAUGGACAUGCGCGACAACCAUCAGCACCAUUGUCUUCAUCGGCACCUACGGCCUAUAUCAGACUCAAAUCUGUUCCGCUUCCACUCUCCCAGACAAUGUCGCAAUAUGCUCAGCUCGGUCAACGUAUCCGCAAGCACUACCUCUCCCCACGGGUCUUUCUACGCCUCCUCUCAGGCCAAUUUGUGCCUCCCAUCCACCGCAAAAACCUCUACAGCUUACAAUACAGCAUGUUGCCCGUGCAGCGUGUGUCGAUGGGUGAGCUGUGGGAGAUGAUGAUUCAGCCCCUAGUGGGAAAAUGGCGAAUGGUCAUGCUGCUGGCGGAGUGGGAGGAUUUGUGCCUGAAGGCGCGACGGGACGGCUUCACCCGAAUCAUGCGCAUACCUCAAGGAGGACCAAUGGCGUCAAAAAGGGCGAAGGAUACUGGUGGAGUAAGUGAUGAUAGUAUGUUGAUCAACAGCAAAAUUUACGAAGAUUACGCACAUCCAUGA